AUGACCAAAAUAUCGAAAGACAUAAUAAACAAUUGGUCAAAUCUUAUAAGACAAAAAGUUUUUAAAUUUAAAGAUACAAAUUCAAUUGGUCCACAAUCAAAUUUGUUAACCCUACUAAAUCAAAUAUUAAAAAUAACUACUGAUAAAUACGAAAUUAGUUCAAAAAAUUGGUUCAAUGGAUUUAAUUUCUUGUUCUGCAAUCAAGACAACGUCAACGUAGGUAGUGAUGGAUACGAUAAUUAUCAAGCACCAGUUGAUUCAAAUAAUCAUCAAUUAUUCUUGAGAAGAUUAUGGGUAAAAGGUGAUUUGAAUUUUUUACAACCUUCACCACCAAUUAAUUCAAGUCUUGAAUGUAUUGAAAAAAUCAAGAAUGUUAGAUUUAUAAACGAAAAUGUAUUUGUACAAAUUGAAAGAAAAUUUUAUGAGCUAUUGAAAAUUAAUGGAAAUAAUGAAAAAAGUAGUGAGGAUAAUUUAAAAUUAAUUGAGAAUAGAGUAAUGAUGUAUACUAAUCAACUAUAUCAUCAAUCACCACCACCAACGGAGGAUUCAAAAAUUAGUAUAAAAAGUGAUGAAAAAAUUUCAAUAAAAUUUAAAAUAUCACCAAUUGAUUUAUUAAAAUAUAGUAUGUUAACAUAUAAUUUACAUAAAAUUCAUUAUGAUUUUAAAUAUGCCCAUUCAAUCGAAAAUUUACCAGCUCUUUUAGUUCACGGUCCACUACAAAUCACAUUAUUAUUAUAUUACUUCCAACACAAGUACCCUAAUUUAACACCAAAAAAUUUCACAUAUAGAACUUUUCAACCAUGUUUUUGUGGUGAUGAAGUGGGGAUAGUUAUUGAAAAACUAAGUAGUGAAGUUGGGGUGAAAAAAUUAAUAAAUCAGUUUGAACAAAAGAAAGAAGAUGGUGAGACUGAAGAAGAAGUGUUUUUUGAGUUGAGUUUGAUUAAUGUUGAGACUGGUAAGGCUUAUAUGAGAGGUAAAUUAAUAUGCUAA